UAAUGGGCGACUUGGUGCCGAUGGCCGUGGAUUCGACUUUUGCGUAGGCUGGUGUACUUGGGAAUAUGGCCUGGAUUUGGAUAAUCUUAGCGUUGGUUCUGGCGACCCGUUAGAUGGGGCAAAGUUUCUGAUCUUGGAUGUGAUCGUUGUUGUCUUGUAGCAACCCAUGGAGCUCACAAGAUGUCAAAUCUUACUUCAGCGAGGCAGCAGCAACAGAUCCAUGAGUAUUUCAGAUUGAUAUUGCUCUAAGUAAAGAAAAUAAAUGAAGAAGAUAUCCAUCCAUAUGUCCCGUUGAAGAGCUUAAACUAAAAUAGAAUAUGAAUAGAGUCAUUUGGGAUUGCAGUAAAAGUGACUGGUCUAUUGUCUACGCGUUGACGCUUCUAAAUUUUCCUGGUUUGAUCAAUAAUUCCUAGUUCUAGCCCCUGAAAGCAUGUGAUACAUGUGAUUGUGUCUCUAGUGCCAUUUACCUAAAUACGCCAAUUUUAGCAUCUUAAGUCGGCUGCUAUUAGUUGUACAAUGUUGAUAAGGUUGCGCGGCUCUCCUAAAUAGUAUGUUGCUGAUGUUAGGUGAGUUUUAGGGCUGUGGCUGAGACACGGUUAAUUGGGGUCUGCUCAUGUUUAUAAAUAGAAAGUGUAUAAAUAGAGAAGUGGGUCAAGCGGCAAUAAUGAUUGCAGUACUUAGUAUUUUGAUAUGCAAUCCUAGACAUUCAUGGUCAAUGCUUCAUCGCAAAAGUAACCAAAGGAAAUAAUGAAGGCUGAAUUGGAAUCAUCAAGCAAAGGCACUGCACAGCAAGCACAAGCUCAGGAGACAAAAGGAGCGAACAAGGAGUCAUCCGCUGCGGAAGAUGUCUUCCUGAGAAAAUUGAAGAUGGCUGCUGCAAAAAAGGUUGGAGCAACAAAGGCAGAAUUGUUCUGCAAGACAUUUGAAGAAGCCCACAACAAACUUGUUUACAAAGAACUGAAUCUGGAUGCGGCUCAAAGAUUCCUGAAUGUCUACAAGAACUGAUGAUGAACUGUUACGCAUGCUGCUGAGCAUUCCACAAGUGCCAAUCGACCUGCUUUUAUCAUUGGAAACUGCUGGUGAUGUUAGGAUUUCUGAUUUGCUUUUCUGUUUCUCAUCUUGUGUGAAGGUGAUGGAGAAAUCCAUUGUUGAUUAGCUGCCUUUCUCUGAUGUACUGUCUUGUCUCGACACAUACAAUGGAAAUCAAAUGAAAUCUUUCCUGCAA